UACGAUCACGACCGCCAAUCGAAUUCUCUUUUGUCGGGGGGUAUUAGCUGCCAUAUAAACAGCGGGUUAGCAAUGCAGGCGCGAUUUAGACAGCCUUCUGCGUAGAGGAUUAUUGGUCUGUCACAUGUACAUCGGAUUAAGAAUAUGUAUGAGUUUGUGCCUUAAUCGCUAUAUUUGAAUACCCUCCUUCAUAGCAAAUUAUUGGGCUUCCGAGUAGACAGGGGGUUAGUUCAGGGGUUAAUACAGGCUCGCAAUCGUCCUAUUUGAAUGGCGUCCUCCGUAAGCAUUAUUGGAAUAUCAUACAGACAUCACAUUAGGAAUAUAGGCAUGGACAAAAGGUUACAAUCAUCGUUCUAAUGUUCUCAUCCUUAGAGGGCGAGUUACGUAUUAUUGCUUCGAUAGAGAGGCCAAGCAAUCUUCCAGACAGAAGCGAGACAUUAGUUUCAGUCUACACAUAUUGUACGGUGCAAAAUUGAAUCCGGUCGAUAAAGUUGUACAAUAUGGAAGCUACGAGAUAAGAACGGAAUUUUUGCACUUUGAAGAACUAUAUACAACGAAGAGCUAAUCGUCUAAUCCUUUCGAAAAGGCGUCGGGUGGGCCCCAAGAAGAACUCUUGCUGACCCAUAAGACAAGCAGUACUGGCUCUCCAAGAAAAGGCGGCACUCCAGUAAAACAGCGCAAAAUGGCAAGCAUAACAAAACACAAUUUUCAAUGGCACAAUUACAAGAGACCGACUUUUUGUGCGCACUGUGGGAGUCUACUUGUCGGUGUUAUCAAACAAGGAAUGCGAUGCAAGCGAUGUGAAGUCGAUGUUCAUGACAAAUGCCAGGAAGAUUUGAAAAAACAUUGCAUCGAAUUGAUGGUUGGACAACACAACUUUCGCGAGAAAACAUACAAGCAACCGACAUAUUGCGAUUUUUGUAAGAAAUUAUUGGUCGGGCUUGUAAAUCAGGGUCUAAAAUGUUCAGAAUGUGGGACGAACGUCCAUGAGAAAUGUCAGGAGAAAAUCGAAGCAAGUUGUGAACAAACGCAACGACGAAAGAGUCUCGGAGUCGUGAGAGGGAAGGGAUCAAGAAUAAGCAGCAGAAGAUCUCACUUGACACAUGGCAAUACAGAUAAAAUACCGAUGAAGAAAAUGGAUUCACUCAACGAAAGCGAUCAAGACCCAAGUGAUCCGUCGUCGCUUUUCGCGCCGAUGCCUUCAAGAAGAAAAAGCUUGGACUCUCCAGUGGCCAUGAGAAAGAACAGUCCUGCUGUUAGCCCCUCUGUAUCUCCAAAAGGAAGCCGAUCAUCCAGUUUUGCCGCUCAAGGAAGUAAAGGUGCUACGGCAGGACCAAGCAAAAUAGAUCAAGCUAAUCAGAUGGUCGAUGAAGUUGUAGAAAUAAUGAAAAACAACGCAGAAAAAAUGAGCGAAAGAGGAGAAAAAUUGGAGAGUUUACAUGACAACGCUAGACAACUCGAGGAAAAAGCGAAUCUAUUCGAAAAGAAAGCGAAAGAAAUAAAGAAGCAAAUGUGGCUGAAGAAUAAGAAAAUGUGGAUCAUCCUAAUCGUGGCUGUUCUUAUCAUAAUCGCCAUCAUUGUUGUAGCUGUGGUGCUCAAAGUGAAGAAAAAGUAGAAUGAAGCGUUUUCAGUCAAAGAUAAAACUGCAAUUAAAAUGAGGAUUUUUUUACUAGUCAACAUGAUUUGAACUUACUGCUCGAACUACACUCACUCUGGGAUAAUAUUAAAGCGCGACCGCGAUAUUCAACUUUGCUUGUAAACUAUAGUAAAGGGCCUUGGAAAUAUCUUACUUUUGCUCAGAAGCUAAGCACUGUUGUAUUAUUAAUUAUAGCGUUACCGCGAUGUUUUACUGACUGGUUUAUUGUAACUUUGCUUAUAGGCUUUAACAAUAGGCCUUUCUAUAUAGAUAGCAUUUCAUUAAUCUGUGGUAUUAGUGCUAUCGCCUUAAAAGCAGGCCAAUUGGUCGCGUUUACGAACACAUAUUAUAUGCAAAUGUGGGUCGCUGGUAAACCUCAAAAACAGUAAAAGCGUUAGAAUGGUGUGGUCCAAAAUUUUUAAUACCACAAAAAAAUUUAUCUAGACAAAUAACUUGGACCAAAAAUGGAAAAGUCACUGAUUAAAAUGUCUCAUUCGCUAAUCCUAAGUACUAGUAAGUAGUAACUCUCAACAGUCCGACUUUGUGCUAUUUGGUAGUGAACUCUAACGAAGACGCGUUUAUUUAUAUUUAAUAUAUUUUCAUGUAUUACAUGACAUCUGAUUAAGAUAUUACUUUUUAAUACUCCAAAACGUUGACAUAUGCCAGAUGUUCAUUUUCAUAAUGUACGCGCGUCUUUAAGCCAUUGACUGAUUUCUAACGUUCCAAAAUAACAGUGACUUUGAUAGUAUUUGAUUAAGUAUAGAACUAUUUUGUUUAGAAUGAAUUCUAAAAACUUGGCAAAUACCAAAUAACUCAAAUAUUAUCUUGUAUUUAUUAGCACGUGUCACCGCUCAACUACAUCUUGCUAGCGUGAGUGGGUCACCAAUUAUUUAUUUUGUAUUUUUGGGAGGAGGGGAGGGGGAGGCUUUAUGAUGCAUGGGAAUUUGCGGGGAAAAGUAUUUUAUAUUAUGUCUAUAUAUUAUUUUCGGAUUAUCUGGUAAACACUAUUACCGCGACAUGCACGAAAUAUGGUUGCAAUCGGCUAUUAGUCGCAAUUAUAAGCGAAUCAGUUUUUCUUCAUUAUCGUUUCAUCGAUUUAUUUAAUUUUUUUUUCGUUUGACAAAUACUUAGAUUUUAUAUUUAUCGCUAUUCCUUUUAGAUCUUUAUACAAGAUACAAGAACUUUUCUGUCCAAAACACCGAUUCUCAACCGGUGGGCCAAGGUUCACUUCUGGGCCCCGGAAACAUUUUCAGAUGGGCCCCAAAUCUAUUGCUAGAGUUUCUGAUUAAUUAGUUAAAGUUUGAUUGUAGUAACAAUGAAUGAUGAUAAUGUUUUUGCUACUAAUUCUCAUUUCAGUUAUUGAAGUGGAAUGGUCUAUCUUUACGAAAAUAAUUUAUUUGUUUUUUCUGUGGUUUUACACUUGCAAGUUAAUGAGUCACAUGAUUUUUUGAGCAACAAAAGUGGCCAUGAACGAAAAAGGGUUGAGAACCACUGGUCUAAAAGAUAACAAUCCUUUUCAUAAUAUGAAAAAAAAUAAAAGUGGGCUAUAAUGUUAAUUUGAAUAGACAUAGUGAAAGGCCCCAAAACUGUAUAUAUUGGUUCUAGUAAUAAAGAAAUAUUUAAAUUUAGAUUUUCAAGUUUACUACAAUUCUAUGAAAUUUGUUUAUUAAUUUACAAAACUUAAGCAAUGGAAACUAGCAACUCCAUUUAACUGGCAGCAUCUUAAUAACUUAAAUAUUCUAUUGCAAUGGAAUCGCUCAAGUCUGACGACGAUUCGCCAUCUAAACAACAAUUACUUUUUCACAUUAUGAUGACACAAUACUAGUAUCUCUGUACUGCCAUCUAACGACACAACAAGAUACGGACUAUACAUUCUUAAAAAAUACAAUCAUUUCCUGUCACAUGAUGUACGUAAACCCCGCAUGGUCCCAGUCAUUUUAUUGUCAUACGUUCUCCAUGGAUAAAUAAAAAGCUUAUGAAUACUUCUUAUGACCUUAUUGAUAUCAUGUAUUAUAUGUCGAUAUUUCUAAAGUUUUUAAUCGAUAAAUGAACUUUUUAUUAUCGUUAUAUUUGAAACUUUUUUAUUAUUUUCGUCGUAAUUAGGAAUACUAUUAGAAAAGUCUUCAUCAGGCCUGGGGCAUAUUUUGUGCAUUUUCUUCUUCUACGUAUAUAGUCAUCAAAAAUAAAUUGGUCAACUUUAUUGAAGA